GUUAUUGUUUCACCAAUUAUGAAGUUAUGCUCCGACUGGUGGAUUAUGCUGUGGUUGUUGGAUACGAUUUCGAAAAGUCAGUUGGCGGUGAAAGUGAAGGGCAGGUCCUACAGAGAUUUCCUACAAAUUGUUGGGAUGAUUACCCUUACAAUUUCAAAAUUGAAACAUUUUGUCAGCCAUGUGGUUGGUAUCUCAGCCGAAGUAAACCACCACCAACAUUCUUUGUCGCUUAUUUGACAGAUGUUGACGGAAAUCCUUAUUUUGCCGCAUGUCUAACUUUUCAUGAAACUGUGUCUCCUAGUCAAUUGAUAAAUUUGAAAAUCCCUCAUCACACUCCUCACAGUAGAGUUAGACCUACAGGAAAUGCAUUCAGUAGUUAUCCUCAAAAUGGACCUAUUAAUAAUGGUUCAUUUGUUGUAAAUAAAAAUAAAACUUUCUUGCCUACUACAAAUUCUGUUUCUAAUAAUGAAAAGUAUCAAAUUGAUCCUUUAGUUCAUGUAACGAACAUGAAUAGCAAUGCUAGUUCACCUGCAAACUCACCAACCGGAUUCCAAGAUCAAGUAUUGAAUUACUCUGGUCUCAAGUCAAUUUAUAAUGAUACUGAUGAUCCAAAUUUAGUACGUCCACCGGAAUUUUAUGCACCAAAAUGUUUAGUGUUCUUAGCUCGUCAUCAACAUUUUGAUGUAUUGAAAAACAAUCUCAGCUUAUUGUAUACAGUGUUUGCUGAUUCACUACAUCAGUAUUCAAUAGAACAAAUGAUCGCAACUUUAUUGGGUGGCAUAGAAGUUCCACCAACUGGUGGUCCACGAAUUACAUUCAGUUUAGGGGUUGGUGAUCGACAGACAAUUCAACCUGCUCAUUGUAGUACUAUACCUGUGACACGGAAUUGUGUAGCUUUACUAUUUAAACACUUAGGCAUACAUAAUGUGAUUUUAUUAUUCACUGCAAUUUUAAGUGAUCAAAAAGUACUGGUUUGUUCACGUAGUGUAAAUCGGUUAACGGAAGCAUGUCAUGCAUUAACUUCUAUACUGUAUCCUUUAAAAUAUAGUCAUACAUACGUUCCUAUACUUCCUAAAUCAUUGAUCGAAUUUGUCAAUGCUCCAACUCCAUUUCUUUAUGGUAUUCAUUCAGGAUAUCAGCAUUUACUAUCUGAUAUGGUUGAUGUUUUUGUUGCGGAUCUUGAUGGAGGAAGUGUUGUGUGCCCGGAAAAUAUUCCUAUCCCCCAACUGCCUGAUCCGUAUUUCACUGAAGUUGUGGAGAAUUUAUUCCAGAUUUUAAGUCCUGAAUUAAUGACAGCUGAUUAUAUCUAUCCACUUGUUACAUCUAAUCAAUCAGGUGAUUUAAUUUCAUUGGAUAAACGAUUACGAGCUGUAUUCCUUCGUUUAUUUACAUCUUUAUUUGCUGGUUAUCGGUCGUGUUUAACAAUUACACGUAUUCAUCCUAAACCAGUGAUACAUUUCAAUCGAACAUUAUAUUUACUUCUACGUGGAAAUAGUGCACAUAAUGAAUUCUACGAUCGUUUAUUAUCUAGUAUGCGUUUUCAUCAAUUCAUAUUAGAACGUGGUCCACCAUUUCGUGUAUGUGAUAUAUUUGAUGAAGUAUAUGAAUCGAAUGUCGAUGAUCAUUCACUGUCUGAUAGUAAUAAUAACUGGACACUGAAUAGUAGAGAUUAUGAAUAUGAUAUGUUCAGUAAUCAUAAUCCAUCACAAAUGAUCACUGGAAAUACAACCAAUUUCAGUUUAAUAGAACGACUAAGCACAAAACUGUUGGAUAAUGAAUGCGGUGAUCAACCAGCUACACAGAUUCUUCCAAAUGAAGCUAUUGAAGCUCACAAACGCAUACAUCAGACACCAUUUCCUGUUUUAGACGCUAAAUUAAUCGAUGAACUAACUGUUCAGUAUUCUCAAAAGAAAACUAAGAAUGUUGUUUAUCAUAAACCGGAACCACGUUUUGUACCACAAGGAUUACAAUUAGAUCGACAAAUAUUCAAAGCAGAAAUGUUUCCUGAUAAAUAUCGUGUAAUUCAUGAAUUUGUUGAUGAUAUUUUUAAUCAACAUAUUACAGAAGCUUUAAAAAGACGAAAUACAAUUCGUCAAGAUUUAAAGUCUAGACCAAUGAGACGCUUAUUCGUUGAUGAAUUACGUUCAUAUAUAAUCCCGGAAGCACCAGUAUCACCAACUGUAGCUAUCAAUAACUUCCUUGGUAAUAUGACAAUCAAUAGAAGUACAUAUGAGAGACGAGCUGUCUUAACAUGGGAACAAUUUGAAUUGAUUGUUGACCUAUUAGAUGAAGCGUUAAGACAAGAGACACAAUCAAAAGACAGUGGAAUUACACCAAUUAUUAUGGAUAUAAGUACUAGACUUUGUACAGAAUUAGGCGAUGUUCGUUAUUAUGCUAAUAUGAGUCAUCAAAUUCAACGUCAUGAAAUCUGGCGUAAUAUGCCAUUUUGGGAGAGUCUUUUUAAUGAACAAGUUAACAAUCAAAUUCGUUUGUUAUAUAUUGAUUUUUGUGAAGAAGAACGAAAAUCUCAUAAAUACCAACAAGGUAAUCAAUAUCAACAUUCGCACUCAAUGAAUAUAUCCAAUGGACAUUCAUGGUCAUCAUCGUCGUCGUCACCAUCUGACAGUAGGGCAAAACAGUCUAUUAAUUCGCCUGAGAAAAAUGAUAAAUCAUCUGUGAUAAUUGUUGGACGAAAGAAUAGUAAUAAUAAUAAUAACAAUCAGAAAUCGAAUAUUACAAUUCAACAACAAAGUUAUACAUCAAAUAUGUCGGCAUUAGAAAUCGCUGCAGAAGAAAUGAGAAUUGGUCAUAUGCGUCCAAAAGAAAUACAACAAAUAUUGGAAACACGUGAAGAAAGUACUGUUUAUUCUCAAAUUAUACACUUUGUUAAUUUAAUCAUUAAUUUUCGUAUACCAGUUCAUAUUGGUGCAGCGGUGGCUGAUAUAUACGGUGAAGAUACACAAAAUAAUGAUGAAUUAAAAGAUGAUAUUACUGGUAUAAAUGGUAUGGUAUCCAAAAUACCUGACAGAAUAAUCUCCGAUAAUGAUAAUUAUAACAAUAAUAAAAAUAAUAAUAAUAAUACUAAUGAUCAUAAUUAUCGAAAACAAUAUACUGGCAGUACUAAUUCAUUAAAUAAUAUACCAGUAACUAAUCAAAUUAAUCAUGCCCUCAAAAUUAUCUCACAAACUGAAGGAUAUGUUAAAAACAUCAGUCGAUAUACUUCAGACAAUUAUUCUAAUCAUCUAUCAAAUUCAGAUGGAUUUUAUAGCCGUUAUAGUGCUCAGAAUUUUGACAAAUUAAAUCAAGCCACAUUGUUAAAUCAUAUCACUGUUUUAGAAAAUUGGUUAUUAAAAUUUGUGAAAAUUGUUGGCGAAGAAAACAAUCUUGUACGUGAACGAAUUACUGAAGUUGAGGGGAAAAUUAAAGCCAUCAUAGAAAGUCAUUUAAUCAAUUUACAAGAUAUUUACCCUAAGGUACAAAAUAUUCCACAUAUGAAAAAGCCUGAGAUUGCCAAUCCAGUCCUUCUACCUGGUGAAAUCGCUAUUCCAAUUGGUGGUUAUGAUUGUUUAUCAUGUCAGUUAUUGCCAGAUGGACGUUAUGAACGUAAUGAUUAUCAACUAUUGGAUCCAUUCAAUAGUAAUAUUAUUAAUCCUAACAUCAAUAAUGGAGGUCAUGGCAACGACAGUAACGACAAUAUCAAUACUAAACAACAAGAUUCACUUGGAAACUUGGAUGCAAGUGAUUUAGAUGUGGAUCUUAUGCUUAGACCAUUACUACCUGCUCAAGGAGCGUUAUUUAUUACCAAUUAUCGUAUAAUAUUCACAGGUGUACCAAAAGAUCCAUUUCAGUCUAAUAAAGUGAUCAAUCGAAGUUUCCCUAUAUCUGCAUUGAAUACUAUCAAAAAGCUUGGCUGUGUUCAAAUGGUUACUGCCUUUCAAUCAUCAUCGGCCAAUCCUGGUUCAUUAACAACAAUAACAUCUGGUUUCCGUUCAGCAACAUUAUUUGUUGGUAAAAAGUCUAAAUCAAACACAGUGUUUGGUAAAAAUACUUCAUCAAGAUAUCUAUCGACAGCAUUACGUCCAACGUAUUCAGCUACUACAAAUCGUCAUGGUGUGGUUUAUCGUACUGAAAAUCUGGACGUUCUCUUACUACGUGCAUUAACUUUUCAAAUGCUUAAAAUUGGAUUUGAUGUUGGUGAAAUACAACCGGAAACGAGAGAUGAAUUACGUAGUCUGCUGGAAGAAUUGCGUUAUCCCUCAAUGAUGUGCAUGGGAUUUAACUCAGCCCCAUUAGGUUUGCUUUUCUCGCGAUCUACAAAUACAGUGGGUAAUCGUUCUGCAAUUACAGAUCUAAAUAAUAAUACUAGUAGUAAUACAAAAGAUUAUAUUUUACCAAAUAUGGUUCGUAUGAGGCAUUUGAAAGGUAAAACCCAUAGAAGCAAUAUGUUAACAGAUGCAAAUUAUUCUUCAAUGACGAAUGGGGAUCGCAGGUAUUUAAAAUUCAGGCGUACACAUAGUAACCAGGAAUUUGUUAACUCAGACAAUAAAACACUGAUAUAUCAAUCGUCUUUGCGUUCUCCUAAGAACCAUCGCUAUAGUCAACUGAAUUGUAUGCUACCUGCUGCUUUUCAAAAUACUGUUUCUUUUGAAGAAGCAGCCGCUAAUUUAGCUGCUACGUUAAAAGCUUUUCUAGUGCCUCCGUGUGUAUCUGCAUCAUCAACAGCUUCUACAGCUGUUGACCCAAAUUUUAUAAGACUAUUAACACAAUCUGCAGGCUAUUUGGACAUGGCACGUUUCGGAAGUAAUUUAAAUCCUGGAAGCACUACCGGUGCUACAGUAUUAGCUGCAACAACUUCAACAACACUGACAACACCGUCGAAUAAUCUUUCGGUUGGAUUAAAUGAAAGUGCCAGUGGUUCUUUGAAUCGUUCUUCUGUUGGAGCUGGAAGUAGUAGUGGUAGUCGAGGAUAUUGUGGUGCUCGUCUUGUUGCGUUCAAUGUUCAUCAUACUUUAGUGAAAUCUUAUCCAAGUUUUUUCAUCAUACCACAGGGUAUCACUCAGAAUUGUUUAGCUAAAGUAGCUCGUUCACAUAGACGUGGUCGUUUUCCAGUGGUCACAUGGCAACAUCCUGAAACUAAAGCUUAUCUAUUACGUGGGAGUGAAAUACAAUCAAAUGUAAUUUUGAAUACUUUCAAAAAUAUUAAAUCCUCAUCUAAAAUCAACACUGGAGAUUGUGACGAUAAUGCUGAUUCUGCACUUUCUCACGCGACAGUUUCUAAAGAACAUAUACGUUAUAUUCGUGCACUAAUCGAUAUGUCUUUAUCAGCUAUUAAUAGUAGUCGACCAAGUAGUGUUAUCACUUCAGAAACUGGUUAUUCAGCGACAGAUGAUUUGUCAAAUUCAUCUCAGCUACCUACUGUCGCUUCUCCUAAAAUUCCAUCAACAGAUCAUUCAUCGAAAGAGUUCAAACCGGUUAUCAAUAAACCUAGUCCGGUUGUUUCACAUGUGACUAAUAAUAGAACAAAAUUUAAGAAACACAAAGUUCGUGAUGCUUUAGGAAGAAUUGGAAAAUUUACUGCGCGUCGUAAUCGUUUAACACGUUCUGGUGUUUCACCUAUGGGUAGUGUAGCAUCUGGAUUAGAUGAAGAUUUACUUAGUAUGGAUAGUGCAUCACAAACUAAUCAGCAUCAUGCACGUCAGUCAUUACAUGAGUCAAAUUAUCCUGGCAUUGUUUCCAAUGCUGGUAGUAGUAGUGGUAUAUCCAAUUCACAAAAACCAAUAUGUUUAUACGUUUUAUGUGAAAAACAAAUGACAAAGAUGUCGAAAAUAUUUAAUUCAUCAUCUGUUCUUUUAUCACCAAUUGACUAUCCAACUACAGCAACAGUGACUAAAUCUUUUAAAGGAUUUUUUAAAGCUUGCCUUCCAAAUGAUUCGAAUCGAUCGAAAACAGCUACAAAACUUUUAUCUGCAGCAGCGUCUACAGCUACUGGUGUUUCAUUUGAUCAUGCUAAUACUACUACUAAUAUUGGUAAUAAUAGUCAUCAUCAUCAUGGAAUUAAUGCAACACUAGGCGGUCAUUUCAUACAUCAUCAAAAUGAACCUUAUUCAUUUCAUGAUAAUACUAGUAAUGGUAAUGUCAAUGCAAGUGAAACUAUAGAGACGGAAAAUAUUACAACAUCUACUAUACCAGAAGCAAGUAAUUCUAAAUAUAUGAAUGUUUUCACUGAAGCACAUGAAAAUGGCUGGUUUCUCCAAUUGAAAUCAUUAUUGGAAUUAGCUGGAACAGUGGUAGAUUUGUUAGAUUUACAGGGUGCUAGUGUAGCAUUGUGUUUAGAAAACGGCAGUGAUGUUGUUGCACAGACUGUAUCAUUAGUACAAAUUAUGCUUGAUCCAUAUUAUCGUACAAUUUAUGGUUUUUGGAGUUUAAUUGAUAAAGAAUGGUUAAUAUUUGGGCAUACAUUUAAUUCUAAUUCCAAUCAAACAAUAAUAAAUAAAACCAAUCAUUUUUCACCAAUAUUUUUACAAUUUUUAGAUGCUGUACAUCAAUUAUUAAAACAAUUUCCAUUAUCAUUUGAAUUCAAUGAUUAUUAUAUACAAUUUAUUGCAUAUCAUUAUAUAUCAAAUCGUUUUCAUAAUUUUAAAUAUGAUACAGAAUUUGAAAGAUUUACUAUAUGGUUUCCGAAAUUAAUUGAAAGUUUAUUAAAUAAUUAUAAAUAUGGUACAAGUAUUAUAUCAAAUAUAGAUGAACAUUUAUUAGAAUUAUAUUAUUCACAUUCUAUAUGGCCAUUUAUACAACAACAACAUUAUGAAUGGCCUAUAUUUUUUAAUUUUCGUUAUUCACCUACAUUGAGUGAAAAGGUUCUUAGACCAGCAACAUAUUUAGCUUCAUUUGAUUUAUGGAAAUUUUAUUUAACUGAAGAUUUGGCUUGUGGUUCAAUCUAUGAUUUAGAUCAUUUCUCACCUAGUUAUCGUAAAAAUACGAAUCGUCCAUAUGAACCGGUUUUACGACAGGGAUUUAACAAUAGUCAUAUUGAGCAAACAUAUGCUGUUUUAGGAUUACGUGAAGGAGAAGAAGCUGUUGGUUGGCAAGAUGCAUGGGAACAAGCACAGUCUGAACUGCUUAACUUAUAUUCAUCACAUCCACAUAAACAUAUGACAAAACAUGAUAAAUCAACUGUAAAUAUUCAGUCAACUUCGAAUAUUCCACGAUCUGUUGUAGAUACUUCUGCUUCUGCCACUACUACUACUACUAAUACUAUAAGUAGUAGUAAUACUGAUAGCAAAAUAAACACUCAUGUUAAAAUGGUUCAUCAUUCCAAUCAAUUACCAUCACGUUGUACACCAUAUAGAGAAAGCAGUGAACCAAUUGAAAGUUUAUCACAUCAUAAAUUAGUCACAUCUGAUUAUGCAAUGUCUAGACGACGUGCAGUAUCUAGUGGUUUAUUAGAUACUAAUCAAACGAAUAGUGUAUUGGUAUCAUCAUUGACCACUACAUCUUCAUCAACAACUUAUCCACUAACUAAUGAAUUAACUCAAACAUUAACACCACAAGAAGAAAGUAGUGCUAGCAUUGAUUUGGAUAGUACAUUUGCAAAUUGUCCCGAAGUGAUUACUACCAGUUCAAUCCCAGUAUCUGAACAACAUUCAAAUGAAACAACUCAAUCACAUGUCAUUAUUAUAAAAGAUUCUACCAUGAAUGAUAAUGCUGAAAGUCAACUGAGUACUGACAUGAAUCCACCACCUACAAAUAGUACAACUAUAACAGUACGAACAAUAAAAGAUUGUAAUCAUUCAAAAUCUAGAGAAAUAUUAAAAUCCAAUGAUGAUCGAACAAUAAAUGGAAUUGAAACAAAACAUCCACGUACCACUAACAAUACUACUGAUAGUAAUCUCAACGUUUUAAAAACAAAUUAUAAUGGUAAUAACAUACCGAAAUCUGAACAAACUUCAGAAGAUGAAGCAUUUCAUGAAGAUAAUGAUUAUAUUUAUGGUGAUCGAUAUGAUUCAGUUGGUGAAUCCUCACUAGAUGAUUAUCAUUUUACACGUCAUGCUAUACUAGAAUAUCACCGAACAACUACUUUGAAGCGUUUAACUCGUCGUACUGCAUGUAGAAUCGGUAUCGGUGGUAAUAUUGGUGUUGAGAGUAAUGUAGGGUUGUCAUCAAAUGGUCAAAAUUACCAUCAAUUGAUGCCUGAUUACUCAUCAUUGGAUACUGAUUUAAGUACUGGAUAUCGAGAUCUGGCGAUUGAAUAUGAAUCAGAUAGUGUAAAUAGCCUUACUGGUACUGGCGGUGGUCUUGGCAGUACCAUGUUACAUGAUACAAUUAGAAUUGAUGGAUUCGAUAUCAACGCCCCUGUACAAGAUGAACUUCAACAUCAUCUGCAUAAAUUUACUUCAUCUCGAAUAACUAAUAAUACAAAUGUACAGUGUGAAUUAUGUCAGAACAUUUGUCAAUCAUCAGAUGAUAUUCUUAAAUGUAUUGAAUGUGAUCUAUUAUGUCAUACAAAAUGUUCAUCAUCUAUAAAUUCAAAAUGUUUUCAUUCAUCUGUAACAAAUACUUUGAAUCAAAUCAAUAAAACAGGGAAUUUACUGAAAAGACAUGGUUCUGCAUAUUUUCCAAAUGAAAUAGACAAUGGAAAAUUAAAACAAUCUAAUGAUAUAGAAAAAUCUUCUUUAACUUUUGGUGUAGCUGGUUCUGGUGGUAGUUUAUUCAAUUCAACUUUACCAUGGCGUACUGAACGAGAUCAAGCAUUUAGAUCUUCUUUAGUUUUAAUACAUGACAAACGUGGAAAACGUAAAGUAAGUGAAAGUUCUUCAUCUUUAGCACAUACUAACACAUCUGAUGGUCAAUCACAAAGUGGUCAUAGUCUACCCGGUGGUGGUACUACUACUACUGUUGAACAUCAUCUACCGGAACAUUUAGCUUCAGCAUCAUAUUAUGGUUAUUUAUAUAAAUUAGGUCAUCGUAAAUUUUUACAACAAUGGAAACAACGUUUAUUCGCUUUAGAUACAAAUCGGCAUCAAUUGAAAUAUUAUGAAAGUUAUGCUAAUGCUUCACCUCGUGGUUGUAUUGAUUUACAAGAUGUUAGAACAGUGAGAAUUAUUAAAAAUUUUGCAAUUCAACGAAAAUCACCUGCAUUUGUUGUAUUUGAACUUGAGACCAAUAAUCGAACAUACAAACUCGGUGCUAUCAAUCAAGAAAGUGCUAUGCAAUGGAUUGAACGUAUACAAAAAACUAUUCAAUAAAAGAAAACUUUUCUAAUUAUGAUUUAAAUUGUAGGUAAUGCAAAUUGUUUCAUACAAGCGAAACAUACUUAUCAAUGGAUAUAUAUAUAUAUAUAUAUAUAU